UCCGCAUUGAUCGGCAUCGGCUAUCUAUCUGUUGAUAUCUCCGACGAAGAUGGAACCCUGGAGUGGGUUAUGUUGCAUAGGCGCCGUUGCUCUUUAUCUUCUGAGCCGCCGAACAGCCAGGGAUGUUGACUUUCUCGAAUCGGUCACUAGGGUUGACCACCUCAAGGAUUUGGAGAGCACGGUGUUGUUGCCUUCGAUCGUCGCAGUAUCAGCAACAGUUGGCUCUGAGACACCCAUCAAGAGUGAGCACAGUGGCAUUCUAAGUGUUAUUCUCCAGGAAACAGCAGAGCAACAGUUUCUGAAACGUAAUUGGAAGUUUUCAUGGGUUCAAGACACUGCAUUGAUGCUCCCCGUGUGUAAGGAAGUCCCUUGGUUUCUGGACGAUGGGACAGGCCGCGUGAUCGUAGAGGGAGCUCGAAGUGGAAUAGGUUUUGCGUUGACGGCUGGAGGUGAAGUAUUUGAAAAGCCAGAGCCGUCUUCCCUCGUUUCAGGAACCUUGGAUUUUCUCCGAGGCCUCGAGAUGCUUGGAAUAAGACGCGUUGAACGUGUUCUCCCAGUCGGUACACGCCUUACCGUUGUUGGUCAGACUAUAAAGGAUGGUGUUGGGGAUGUGAGGAUUCAAAAACCCGAUCAAGGGCCUUUCUACGUCUCCCCUGUACCGCUCGAUCAGCUCAUCUCUAAUGUGGGAAAGUGGUCAAGGAGGUUCAAGAAAGCCUCCAUGGGUUUAGCUAUUGUUGGUGUGAUUCUGAUAUCAAAGCCUGUGAUUAAAUAUAUUCUAGUGAAAACAGGAGAUCUUCUAGAGAGAAGGCGGCAGCGACUGUUAAAGAAAAGAGUUGUUGAUGCAGCUGCCAAGAGAAAGAAACUUGUUGAUGCAGCUGCUAAGAGAGAGGAACGAGUGACCAGUAAAGAUUUGGAGAAUGGUACAAGCAGAGAUGGCGAUGAACAUGAUCGUUGUGUGGUCUGCCAUGAGCGGAAAUGUGACGCCGCUUUUGUUCCGUGCGGUCAUAUGUGCUGCUGCUUAACAUGCGCCUUGAAGUUGCUGGGAAAGCCUUGUCCUCUCUGCCGGGAACGAGGAAUUCGGAUUUUGAAGAUUUACCGCAAUUGAAAGACCAUAAAAGACCCAUCAGCUCUCGCAUUUGGACUAAAUAUUCGCAUCCAACAAUCAACAAACAAUCCUUUGAUUCUCGUCCGUACUUGACUUUGAGAACCAUCUUUGCAUCAAAAGAACGUAAUUGAAAGAGUGUAAACAAAUGUGGAAUGUUUACCGAAUCCCAUAUGGAAUUUGUGGCCCGUUUUUAUGAUCUUUGUGAGAAAUCAACGUCAAUUCUGGGAAACAUUGAUCUCA